CGGUCAUCGCCGCGAGUAGAAUAGAAUAUCGCUUGCGUAUUAUCGGCGUACCGGCGCCGGGCGCACUAUAAUAUCGGGACAUUUUGACAAAAACGUGUAGGCACGCGUCGCGUACACGCACCGCACGGACGACGAAAAUGAGGUUCGCCGCCCCGCAGCAACCGUUACCGCGGUUCUUGUACGGCGCGUUACUGAUUAUUUUGCGGCCGUCCUAUGUUCCGUACCACGCGACGACCGACGCCGCCGCCGCGGCACCGGACCGCAUCGCGUUCGACGACUAUUACCGUUCGGAUGGCGGCCCCUGCGAAUACUAUCAACUCGUCGAACCCGGUAACAAGUCCUAUUACCUGUACUCGCCCGGCUAUCCGGACCCGUACCAAGCGGCCGACCAACCACAGAAUUUCGACUGCCGGUGGUUCGCCAAGACGUCUUCGCCUACGGACCGUUUGGUGUUGGACUGCCACGAGUUUGACUUGCCCGAGGUAUAUUUCAAUGGGUAGAACACGAUUGCGUGCGUUUGUAGUUGGGUUGAAAAAAAAAACACCUUUAAGAAAAAAAGAGCCGAUACUGGGGUUGGAAGCGGCCACUGUUGUUGGUGAGAAGUUGGGAAUGUAGGAUACAUAAGGUUAUUUCAUUUACAUCUGUAAGCAACGAUAAUUUUGGAAAUUUUACCACGUAUAGUUAAGUCCAAUAUAAAUAUUAUCAAGUUUAAAUUAUCUACGUGUAUUUAUAACCGAAUUACGGAAAAAAAAACUCCCAAAAAUUAAAAUUAAAGCUCAAAAUUUUUGGCGGUGAUACCGUAAGAAACUAAAUCAAAAAAGCAACAAAAAAGGUAUCCUGUGAUUUUUCGAUUGAAUCAUUUUUUUGGUUGAAAACGUCGUCCGUGUUUUUAUAAAAUAAUGAAACUGUGAAGUUGUACGUUUUCCUACUUUUUUUUCUACUUAAGUGCUUUUAUUUAAAAAAUGGAGUCGAAAAUCAAAAAAUUGCUUUUUUAAAGUACAAUCUAGACAACAUGAGCUUUUAGAAAAAUUGAAAAGUCGCUACACGUAAAAAUCGUAACAAGUUUACUAGGAAAAAACGUGUCCACAGACUAGAAAAAAAAAAUAAAAAAAUAAACAUCUUAGUAAAACCAAUAGCUCUCUCACUAGGCUCGGAAUCGAAAAAUAUAUCUGAUUGCAUAUGAAAUUGUAUGCAACGUUGUGAAAUUUAUUAAUUUUACCACAUACCUAAAAAAUAUCCUGUUCAUUUUUAUAAUAAUUAAUAUAAAAUAAUAAAAUAUAGGUAAUGAGAAUGACUAAAUUAAUUAUUUUAAAUUAAAUAAAUUUAAAUUUAAAUUUGAAUUCCCUGACAUCUAUAACCUACCACUUUUAAAUAUUGGAUUAAAUUUGUAUGGAUUUGGUACUCAUCAUAUAUACUGGUAUGACAACAACGCUUAACACUUCGUACCUACGCAAUUGUGUCGGUAAAAACGUACGUAAGCCUGUAGCUUAAAAAGGUAUCGCCAAUAACAAACAUACGCAAUCGUGUUUUACCCAUUAUAUUAUACUUACACGCACGCGUUUGAUUAAAUUAUUUAAGCGUACGCUUUUAGAUUCUGAGUAGAGCGAAGAAGCUGUUAUAGUCCUGUGCCACACCUUAAAAGAUGUGGGUUUUUCGUCUUGUAGUACUUUAUUUGUAAAAAAAAAAAAUACCUUUAACGGUUAAUACUUUAUUCAGCAUCGUUUUUUAAUUGCAAUGUUUCAUCGUUGGUUUUAGUAUAAAAAUUAAAUGAACUAAUCCUAUACCUACGCUUCACUCCGAAUUCAGUCGAGGUCGGUAAUAAUGUAUAAAACAAAACAAACUCCGCUUACUACGCUGAGAUCUGCUAGUGUCAUGUACCUACUAGUGAACUUUUUAUUUUAUGUUGAUAAUAAUAUGUUUUGAGAACUGCCGAAUCUUUGAACACACUCCGUAUAUUUUAUUAACAACAAAUUAAUAUUCUAGCUUAUAUUCGAGUUCUAGUCGUCCAGUAAAAAACAAAUGGGGAAUCGUCUCUGAUUGACAUAUUGUUUUUUUUCAGAGUAAAUUUUGCGAAUCAGACGCGUUAAUCGUGUCCCGGGUCGGUGACGCAGACUUCACUGAUGGUGUCAGGCACUGUGGGCCCAGGUCGUUCACAACGGUCAGCCGUACAAACAAAAUGAACGUCAAGUUCGUGUCGAGGCUCCAAGGUAAGGGUGGAAAGUUUAUGUGUUCGGUGGGUGCAAAACGCGUGGACUAUUGGAUACCGGAAGCUGUAAAAAAUUCGCGGUAUUGCGAGUGCGGUAAACAGUAUCAGGUACCUAAUUACAUGUAAUAUGUAAAUCUUUGACAAUAAAAAAAAAUGUAAUCAAUAAUUACGUAUUAUAAUUUUGAUUAUUCCGAAAAAAUAUGGUACAUUGCAGUAGCCCUGACUUGGUCUUAAUUGACUUGGGUAAUUUGGUCCUUUAGACUGGAGGACUUGUAGUUUAAGUGAUGGGCUAACAACUCAUCAUUGUAAGAAACACAUUGUUAAGAAACUAAAACGAAAACUUCGGAACAGUGAUCUAGAUAAAUAAUCUAGGAAGUGGCUCGGAUUGCACGAUUUUAGAAUUGAUACUCGGAACAUUAGAACUUAAUGGUAGACUUAUAUCAUGACUGAAAAAGACGAAAAUGUUUAGUUUUAGGAGCUAAAAGAUUAAAUGGUUAUUAGCUUACAGGCUAAACGAGAAAAAUUAAAAAAACAGAUUUUGGAAAUAGUAGCGCAUCUAAAAAUGCGGUUUAAGUUUUAGCUAUCUACAAUUGUUUUUCACUGAAUUACAAAAAAAAAAAAAACCAAAUCAAAAAUAAUAGUUAUCGUUAUUGCGUAAAUAUUUUCAUUUUAAAUAUAUAAAAUAACCUUAGUAGACAAACUUUGCUAUCAGAAACCACCCUUGACGUAUGAUAAUAAUAACAAUAAUUCUAGUAGAAAAGUUGCGGACAGAAAAAAAAAAAUACACAAUAUCAUAGUAAAACCAAUACAAUAUAUUACUACCUAUUACGCGUAGAAUCUAACAAUAAUAGUAACCAUACGAAUAUUAUACGUUUAACUUUUAUGUUCACAGGGAAUAUUCGUGGACGAUAAGACGGCCGGCGUGAAUGAGUUCCCGUUGAUGGCCUCGCUGAUCGACGGGCAAACGACCAACCUGUUUUGCGGUGCAACGGUCAUCGGCAGACAUCACGCAUUGACUGCUGCGCGCUGUUUGACCAAUAUUAAUCCGGUUCAAAUUGCCCUUUUGGUCGGCGACCACGAUAUGACUAGUCUUGGUAAGUGUCAAGUGUAUAAUUUAUUGUUUGUUUAUAUGAUCACCAUGGGCUCUGGUAUGAGUUGGUAUACUUGAUAUCGAUGCAUGAAUAACAAGAAAAACACCCGCGAGCAGCCGAGCAGAAUCAAAUUUUUCCCAAUCCAUUUUCUAUAAAAUAAAUAUUCUAUAUAAUUCAAUAAAUUAUCGAAAACUAUAAUAAUAAUAAUACAAUUUAUACUACUACUAAAUAAUGAUUAAAUUUGACCAUAAAAUUGAUAGGGGUAGAAAUUGAAAGUUGAAUCUAAGAGUUUUCAAUCUGUCUAGACGGGCCUAGACGUUUAAUUGUUUAGUUGUUUAAUUUGCUAAUAUUAUUAAUUCAAUGGUGAACUGAGAUAAAAAGGCCCGGGGUAUUUCGAGGGACGUUUCAUUUUUUUGGAAACCUAAAAUUUUUAGAUGUACAAUAAUACAUAUAAUAAUUAUUAUUUAGUAAAUACAAUAAAUAUUUAAACUCACUUAAGGUAAAUAUUUAUUUUAAAAUUGUUUACGUCAAACUCUUCGGAGUUCGGAUUAAACAAAUAAAACAACGAUAAAUUUCAUAGUACGUACUAAUAAUACAAAUAAUAUAAAUAUAAAUUAAAGUUAUUACUGAUAUAAUACCUAAAUAAAAAAAACUUUAAUUUUAUUUAUUUUUUUACAUUUUAUUAUAAAUAUUAGUUUUUAAAAUUGGAUAAAAAAAAAAAAUAAAAAAUGGUAAAAACGAUGGGAAAAAGUAGAAAAAUAGGCACAUUAUUAAACAAAUAUCCAUAACGCAUAUGUAAUUAUUUUACAAUAGUAUGACUAAAGCAAUUCACUAAGCUAUAUAUAUCUAUAUUCUGAUAGAAUGAUAAGUUUAAAAAUAAAAUUCAGUUUUAUGAACACAUUUAUACAAUUUACAAAUGAAACAAUUUACCAAACUGAUAUAGUAAAUUAUGUAAUAGUUUUUAUUUAAAGUUUAAAUAAUGAAUGCUAAUUAAUAUAAGAGUUUGAGAAAUACAUUUUAUAGUCUUAAUUUGAUAAAGUUUACUUGAAAUAAAUUUAAAUUUACAGGGGAACAUAAACUGGUAUAUAUUUUUUCUUGUCCUUAAAUAUAAAAUUAUUCAAAUUAUAAUGAAAUAUUUAAAAUUGUAUAAAAAUUAUAAUUGAUCAUUUGAAUAUUAAGAAAAUCAAUAUUGAUCAUGGGUGGGUGUAGACCUGCUGAAAUGUUUAAUGAUUUUAAUCUGAUGUAGGUUUUUAAAUUUUUAAAUUAGUCCUACCUUCAAAUAACUUUUAGAUUCUGAGAGGUGUGAAGAAGCUUAUAGUUUUACAAAGCUGUUUAUAUUUAUUUUUUUUUUUUUCUGUAGACAACUUUUCUACCAGAAAACUUAUUCAAAUUUUUACAUGUAGUAACUUUUCUGAAAGGAAAUCGAUGUAGAGAGUUACCUUAAAUAAGACAUUUUUCUAUUUUCUCAAGAGUUUUCUUAUUAAAUGCAAAAAACCGAAAAAAAAAAAACUGAGAAAUUUACGAAAUAUAACAAACUGUUGACUUUUCUACUAACAAUUUUGCACCAACUUCUUAUGAUAGCAAUGUUUCUGAAAGGAAAUUUCAUUAGGAAGGUACUUUAGAGAGUUCGUUUUUCCAUUUUUCCCAUAAGUUUCUCAGCAAAUGUAAAAACUGGGAGAAACGUAGAAAAACCGGGGAAAUCUGUACAAUAUUAAACAAAUACUAUUAAAGAAAAUAUAUAGAGCCUAUUUAAUUAUUUUACUAUAAUAUGGCAUAUAUAUUGUUGAAAAAGCAUCACUAUCAAUUGAACUUCGCUCAGAACCUUUUUUUUGUUAGCAAUGGUUUAUCUUUGCUUACAGAUAUACAUUAAAUUCCCGUCUGUAUCCUACCUUCCCAACUUCCCACCUAUAUUAGUGUUUGCACCCGUCUCAAUUUUCUUACCUUUUUUUUUUUUUUGCCAGUAAUCUUGCUCCGAUCAUCUUAACAUAAAUUUUAUAUUAGUUUUGUCUAGUCGAAAUGUUUAAAAAUUUAACACAAGGUUUAUCAUAAGUUGUUCUUAGCGGUAGGUAAAACAAAAAUCAUUAAUAUAUAUAAAAUUAAUUUAUAUAUCCUACCUUUCCAAUGCUCCUCCUACAACAGUGGCACACCUCUUAGUAGUAUAAAUAUUAUUUUUAAAUUUUAUAGAGUCCUGUUAAAGUUAAAAUUAUUAUUUAACUAACAGUUUUUAAAUGUUUUAAUAGUUUAUGUCACAAAAUAAUUAUUUCAUUUGUAUUCACUAAUAAUUAAUUUACAAUGACCAUUUUUCUUUAAAAUAACAGAUACGCCAAUAAUAUUUACGAUAUGAUUAAAAUUAAAUAUUUUAUAUCUAGACUAUAUUAAAACUGCAAUUAUAUCUCAUUUAUGGUAAUAGAUAUUUAUUUUCAAUGCAGUUUUAUCCAUCAACAUACACAGAGAACUAAAGCAUGUAGACAAGAAAACAUUUUGAGAGGGAAGUUCAGAUAAGGUUCAUGAUUACAAAAUUGUACAUAUUUUGAGAUUGUCAUAAUUUAUUAAAAUCGAAUUUCGCUCAGAAUUGUUUUUCGUUAGCAAUAUUUUAGUUGCUUGCAGAUAUAAAUUAAAUAAAUUUAUGUAUCUUACCUUCUCAACUUCCCUACUACAACAGUGUUAUUUUUUGUAUACAAUUAUUAAAACAUAUAGGUGAAUCUGUUUCAAUAAUAAUACAUUUAUUAUUCGGAAUAGGAUUACUGUUAAAAGUAAAUUGUUUCUAAGGAAUAUUAAUAACAGUGCUUUUUAUAUAUUCUACUUAUAUACUUUACCUAUACAAUUUAUAACAAGGCAAUCGGAUAUUGUCUUCGUCGUUUCUCUUCUAUAGAAUAGCUGAACAUUUUUUCAUUUCCGAAGAAAUUGCCAGUACUUCAUUUGAAUGAACGUCGGCGAUAUAAUAAUUUGUCUAAAUUCCAUUAAAAAAUCUAUUUCAAUCGACCUGCAAUUUCAAAACCUAUUUGUAUUUUGAAAAGGAUUUGUUUCCCUGAUUAAUCUUUGUUCAAAAAGCCAAUCGCUUUUCUCUCAAAAAACUAUUUUGCAAGGUCUUGCAUAAUACAUCCACAAAAUCGUAAACUAUACAAAAAUAACUUUUUUAUCACUCAGGUUUUUUAUAUUUUUAUUUAUAUACAUGUUUUAUAUGUAUUAAAAACUAUUUCACAGGUCAGAUUUAACUUAAUAAUUCUUGUAAUUAAUAUUUUUUUGUAUUAAAUUAGAGUAUGUGAAAUGAUAAACUCAUAAAUAAAUAAUCAUAAAAUAAUAUAAUUUGACAUGAAAUCCAUUACCGAUUAUAAAAUAUUUUAUUUUUAUAUCAAUACAGGCCUAGUCCCAAAUACAUAAAGUGUAUAUUAUAUUAUAUUAUAUUAUAUUAUAUAAACAAUAAAGAAUAGUAGCAGCAAUAAAAGAUCCAGUUGAUAAAUAGUUUAUGGGUAGUUAAAAGUGGGAUCUUCAUUAGCAAGAUGCAUAAUAUGGUAGUAAGUGAGUUCAUUAUAUAAUUAGACGGAGAAAAGAGAAUAAUAAAGGGACACGUAGAUCUAGUAUUACGAGGGGAAACUUUAAAAUGUAUUCCUGAAAAGAGUGCAUGUCAGUCGAUUUAUUUGAUAGAAAUUUAGAAAGAAAUAAUGUAGUCGCAGAGCGCCCUCGAUCAGGGAGGCUUGAUAAAUUUAAAAUUUUGCGGAUAAUUUUAUAAUCGUAAAUUUGACAAUGAACCUUUGAAGGAUAAGCAGCAAAGGAUAGGAAUUUUCGUUGAACCCUUUCAAUCGCUAUGGCAUCUAUAGAUGAACGAGAGUCCCAAAGAACGUAUCCGUACUCAAGAAUAGGUAGGACUAAAGAGCAAUAAAGGAUUUAUAAUGAGUGGUCCAACUGAGAGAAAAUACGCCGGAUAAAUCUAAUGAUUUUAAAUGCUUUACAACAAAUCUCCUAAAUAUGCAAUUUUGGGGAUAGGUUUAAAGAAAAAUGAAAAUCUAGGUCAUGAACAAAGUUGAAAGAAGCGAUUGAAAUAUCAUGGAUGGUAUAAUCGAAUAUAAUUGAAUUGUUAAUAUGAAAGUAAGACACCUUGAUACAUUUAGAGAUAUUAAGUAUAAACCCCAGAGAUUCAUCCCAAUGUACCAAUCGGUCAAGAUUCGAUUGGAGAAGAAGGGCAUCAUAGGUAUUUUGAAUACGCAUAUAUAGAUUUAUAUCAUUAGUAAACAUAAGAAGGUGAGCAUGAAGUAUGGCACCCUGAGAUAUACCAGAUGAGGGGGUGAUGAUGUUAGAAGUACUAUCAAGUAGUUUUACAUAUUCCUUUCGAAUUGAUAGCUAGAAUGAGAAGCAUGAGAGAAUAGGUUUACCAAAACUAGAGUCAGAUAGAAUCUUGACAAGAAUAUCAUGGUUUACUCAUUCAAAAACCUUUGAGAAGUCAGUGUAGAUAGUGUUCACUUGAGAAUGCUGAACAAAUGAUUCAAAAAUAAAAAAAUAUGAUGAAUAUAAUAUUGCAAGUAACAGUUGAUCGGCCUGGCUGAAAUCCGUGUUGUUCAUCUAUCAAAAAUGAAUAAACUUUUGGAUGGAUAAAGCGAAGAACUUAAGUUUCAAAAACCUUUGAUAAUUGAUUAGCACGUCAUAUUUAUAAAAUUUUGACUAGUUUUUGAAAUUCCAACCUUGUAAUAAUUGUAUACGUACUGAUUUCAGGUAGUGACCCGGCAAUAUUGGUAGUAGUCACCGAAAUUUAUAUUCAUCCGUUGUAUGACCCGUCGUCGGUCUCAUACGACUUGGCCAUCGUAGAAACACAUGAAGAAAUCCCUUUUUCGGCCAAGGUCGGACCAGCUUGUCUACCAUUCAAGCACACCAAUAACGAUUUUGUCGGUGACACUGUCAAAGUUCUUGGUAAGCAUUUACUACUUCGUGCGCAUUGUUACGAUAUUCGUUUUGAUUCGACGAACCGCAUCGCUUGUUUGUACAAAUAGGUUGGGGCAGCGUGAACUUUGAAGGUUCCGUUUCCGGUUCCCUUCAGAGAUCGUAUCUCAAGGUGGUGCCAAUGUCUCAAUGCAUGACAGGAACGUAUAAAAGCGAAACGGAAAGAGAUCAGUUGUGCACGCACUUCACUAAAGUCAAUUCAUGUCAAGUGGAUUCGGGUGGUCCUAUACUUUGGUCCGAUCCAGCUACGGGAAAACUAAACGUUAUCGGAGUGGUCAGCAACAGGUUUGUCUGUGCUGACUCGAAGCCUUCCGUUCAAACCAGACUGGCGACCACCAUCAAUAUGCAUUGGAUGAAUGUAAUACUGACAGGUAAAUUAAUACGAACAUUAAUACAAUUCUACAUAUAAUACGGUAAUUAUAGUGAAAUUAAUAGUUAAAAAUUAAAAAAUUAACGUUUUUUCUAGGACAACAUUAUUGCAAUUGAUUAUACACAUCUUUACAUAUGCAUACUUGUUAUUUAAAAUUCGUCGAAGAAAGUAUCAAUACCUAUCUUAUAAUAUAUAAUAUAUUGUAUAUUAUUUGUAGAUAUACGUUUGUAAAAUACUAUACGGGUAUAAUUUUUUUCUUCAAAAUUGUUAUAAGGUGAUAAUAUAAUGCGAAUAUGCAAAUCAUAU